UGGUGGCUGUAUUUCAUGGAGCAGAGCAGCGCCCAGCGGGUUUUGCAGGCUCCCCGGAUGAUUUGGGUUGGGCUCCGUGCGUGCGGCGCCGCUGCUGUGGUACUCUCUGUUUUCCAGCUACAGCUGGAGGAGGUGAGGGCACAGCAGCCGGAGCUGGGCCGGCUGUGGUCCGACCCGCUCGGGACGCCCCCGAGCAAACGGCUUGGCAGUGCUGCCGUGCCUCGGCCGCUCGGCUGGCAGCCUCGUCCUCAGGGGUGUGCAAAUGAGCUCGGGCGUUGUGACGGCACCGGCGUGUGCCCGGUGCCACCUCCCGCCGGCCCAGCGCUGCUGCCUGCCCAGCUGCCGCCCCCCGCCCUCUGCGGAGCUCGGCCCCCGCUGCCGCCCCUUAGCGCAAGCGCCGCGGCCGCGCUGCAGGAGAGUGAGGCCGGUCCCUGCGCAUCCUCCGGCGUCAUGACCCUGCAGGCUGACUUUGAGGGAGCUGCAGAAGAUGUAAAGAAGCUGAAAGCAAGGCCAAGUGACGAGGAGCUGAAGGAGCUGUAUGGGUUCUACAAGCAGGCCACCGUUGGAGAUGUUAACAUUGAGUGCCCAGGCAUGCUGGAUGUGAAAGGCAAAGCCAAAUGGGAGGCCUGGAACCAGAAGAAAGGUCUGUCCCAGGAAGAUGCCAUGAGUGCCUACAUCUCCAAAGCAAAAGCAAUGGUAGAAAAAUAUGGGAUCUAGAAUCCUGGGCAGAAUUCCCCACUAAUGCCCACCUCCUGAGCUGCUAACGAGCUAACCCUGGAGCCCAGGCCAGCACUAGCUCCUCCCUGCAUAGCCUGGCACAGAGCUGGCUGGAAGGGGUAGUCACACUCAGGCUCCAUCCUUAGAUUGUCUCCUGCCCUGAAUAAACCUGAAGCUAGCCAA